AUGUCUCGGGCGGGGACUUGGUUAAAGAUGCUGGUGGCUGGAACCGUGAUCUGCGUCGGCGGCCCAGCAUUCGUCCAAUCCAUCCGACCUACCGACGAGGAAUUAUUCAAGCGAUACAACCCCGAUCUUCAGAAGCGGAGCUUGGAGGAAGGCGAUCGCCGCGCUCGAGAGUUUGAUGAAUACGUUACACGGUUGAAGCAAUGGUCCAAGUCGGAUAAGUCGAUUUGGUUCGCUGCACAGGAACAGCAAGAACAGAAGCGCGCAGAGCUCGAGAGUCAACGGAGUCAGACGAAGGAGGAAGCCAGGUCACAACGCGAAGAGAUGCGGAAGGAGUUGCUGGGGGAGAAAUGA